AUUUCAAAACUGUCAACAAAUUUGAUUACUAGAGAUGCCAAACUAUCGAGGACGUCAUCAAACGAGACAGAAUUGGAGUUCUAAGCCAAGAGAAGAGCACUCCCCGAGCAAAGGCGCAUACAGGGACAAAAUCUGGAGCGGUCCAGUCAGUGAGGUCGCCAGGCAACAAACGGUGUACGACUGGGUGACUACAGGUGCUUAUUCCCUUGGAUCGCCAGACUCGUGGCCAUCUUAUCCGGACGAAAUCAUACUGAUGAACGAGUCCCGAAAUGCUCAGACAUCCCGCAUGUCGCGUCGGUCGGCUACUCCCGGUCCAAGAUUGUCACAAGAUAGAAGGACAAGAACUACAGCACCCGCCGUUGCGCCGAUUCCGUUUCAGAGGGCACAGCCUCGAGUAGAAGUGGAGAGACAAAGAAUCGACGAGCCUGUCGCACAGGACCUGAUUAUCGAUGAUGGGAACGGUACCAACAAUUCGAACGAUUCGAGUAUUUGUGGCUUUGUGGAGGAAUCCGAGGAACUCGUAUAUCCACAGUGGGUUUACUAUCUGUACCCAUUGAUUCCUACCGCGCCUAACUGCAACAACGAGAAGUCGUACAAAGAAGGUGGCAAUUGGUACAACUCUCCAUGAAUGAUCUCCCUCUCCAGCUUCUCUCAAUCUGUCAUAUUUCUUAUGCCUGAGUUGCUCCUCAUUUUAAGAAUGUAUCAUUCUCAUAUUAUCUGUCAUAUUCUCACUCCCAUCAUGCCCGUAAUCAAACCCCCGUCAUUCAUUUUUCUCUGUACCGGUUAAGAAGUUCUAACAUUGUAUUUUCCAUGAUUCUAAGUCAGGAGCUUUUUCCCCAUUAUUAAUCCAUAAUACGAUCGAAGGUUAUUUACCAUCGAUGAUUGGAAGGUUGAAUUAAUUUCACAUUGUUUUCUAUGAAACGUUCAUCCGAUCCUCAUUGACCAUUCGAUCCUUUGUUAUAUUUUCCCAUUUUUACUGUACCCAUCACCUCAUACGCAUCCUUUUAGGCUAGAAGUCUGCAUUAGCAGAAUAACUUUUGAGCUUUCACCGAAUGUCUGUCCCAUGUCUGCUCUCUCUUUUCCUUUUUGUUUUUGUUUUCCUCUGGUCAAUGUUUCAAUUCCUUCUGGUUUUUUUGAAUCACAAUAAACAUUCUCCAG